AGAUUUUUGCAGACGGAGUUCAACAUGGAUCAGAUGAUGCCCAAGGGUCGGGAGCACGAAGCGCCGGACGUUUUAGCCGAGGACAUCGAUAUCCGGGCUGCGGAAGCCUUGCACGGCGUCGUGGCGCACUUGGCGUCUGCGAGUGAAGAGGAAAAAGAGGAGGACGAUCACGGUUUCGGCGAUCACGAAGAACCGGUUGGAGGAACAGAAGUCGCCCCAUCGCCUGCCGCCGCUGGUUGCACUGCCGGCGAACCCUCGCCCUCUCUACCCCAUUCGUCCCGUGUCACCAUUCCCGCCCCUGACGAAUACGAGCCAUCGUCGUUGUGCUCGCCCGUGAACGGACACGAACGAGCAACACCAGACGACUGUAGACGCGGUGAACUCGGGAACGGCUUGUCGAUAGAUGUAUCCACUGGUGCCCAAAGCUGUGCCAACGGCCACAAUAUUAAAUGCGGCGCUGGAAUCGAUUCUUGCAGCAGCAUGGCCGGCGUCGGCGAUGGUGACUUGGGAGCUGCGGCGGGUGAUGUCGGGCUAUUUGCCUGCGGGGACGGAGACGAUAGCGGUACGCACUCUAUCAUGAAGGGAUGCAUGACGAGAGACCCGGACGACCACGGCGUCGCUCGCACCAAUAACCACACCCCAACGGGGUAUCCGCUACACGCUCCAUCGACCGUUCCUUUGUCGACAUCGUCCACGCUGGUUCCGUCCAGAGCGUCAUCGUCCGCCACGACGCGACCCGACUUCACGCACGGUGGCCGGGACAGCCGGGCCUGCAGCAGCGCGAGCAACAACGGAGGGAGGAAGGGUGGAAACGGGGGAGGGCAAGGCGGUGGCGGUGGCGGUGGCGGUGGCGGCGGCGACGUCGGCAGCGACACGGGGCGCGAGAAGACUCCGCUUCAACGAGCCCUUCCGAUAUCUCCGUCCGGGAUUCGAGCCAUCCUGAAAGGGUUCUCGGUGCUACCUUGGCAGUUCAGAGAGCCGUCGCGAGACGGAAGUCGUUGGAACUUUGCCUCCGGUACCGCGGGGGCUAGCUCUGAGCCAACGACCGCGGGGGCCGCGGGGGCAGCGGGGGCAGCGCCGACGGGAGACCACGCUCAGACUGCUGUUUCUGAAGGAGGUAAUGGUGGAAGCGCAAGUGAAGCAGGCGGCGUCGCCAGCGCGUCCCCUCCAUCUGCCUUUCUCUCAACCUCCGCCUCCGCACAAACAAGCUCCCCGCGCAGCGGGUUGAUCGCGAACGUGGAAAAUCUCGGCACUCCGCGGCUUGUGCGUAGCAACUCCAUGACGGUGGUGAGCGACAUCGAGGAGGGGAAAGGACGAUGGCUCCGACGAGGGAGCUCCGCCGUCACGGCCGCCGCCGAGGCGGGGGCGGGUCGCCGCGGUGGCAACGUCAGCGGGGAGGGCAGAAGGUGGAGCACGCCUCGAGAGUUUUUCGAAGGGGGGAUUGAGUUGCUUGGCGGGGGCAGCGGGGGGUGGAUGGCCCAGGGUGGUCGCGGUCGUUCUGUGCGCGCACGCAGGGGGCGGUCGGCUUCUUUUGACCACGCCGCGAUACUCGAGGCAAACGACGGGGAGGAGUCCGCACGCUCGAGGCACGGGGAGGAGCGGGGUGCCUGGGGAGCACCGUGGCGGAUGGGAGGGAUAGGCAGUGGGCUACCGUCUGGAGGGCGUGGUGGCUGGCAAGGAAUCCCGGGUGGAUCGCCGAGCGUCAUGGAAGGCCUGGGUCGGGAGUUUGUGCGGCGAAAGGAAGACUUGGUACGAGGCACGGAGGCGGGUAUUGACAUGGCGAGGGAAGCGGCCAGGCGGGGGCUCGAGGCCGCUGACAACGCCGCCCACGUGGUGGGCAUCAACCGCAUCCCCAUACUGAGGCAAUACCUGUGGGGGCAGGUGCACACUGGCUUCUGGAACUCCUACGAGGCUGUGCGGGGAGAAGUUCACGCUUGCGUUCGUAAGACGGUUGUUGACUGGUUACUCAGCCAGGACAACCCUCCAGACAUCAAGCUUUACGUUACGGGGCACUCCAUGGGCGGCGCCUUGGCGACGCACUGUGCGAUGGACCUCAAGGCACGGCGUUGGCUGCACACCAUCGACAAGAUUCAGGCCCGCCUAGGUACCUUCGUGCGAGUGCGGCGGACGUUGAUGCAGAGAGUGAUGGAUUCGCUCCCCGGCCGCUUUCCGCAGCGCCGCGGCCGGCCGCACCACCAUCAGCAGCGGCGGCAACAGCAACAGGCGCGUGAUGGUUCAAUCGCUGGGGGGAAGGCGCACCACGAGAACGGUCCUGGUGGUGGCGGCAGAGGCGGGCGGACGGAUAAGACGGCCCCCCAGAAGGAUGUCUGUCGAGCACUGGGUUCACCGCCGCAGCCUCCGCCAUCACCACCAUCGCCGACAUUGCCCGGCAAGGAAAACCCCAGCGUGGCAGCAGCGGCAAGUGCAGCAGCUGCUACGGGAAGAGGGUUGAAGGGCCACAACACCCUGCAAGAGCUGGCGAGUAACCUUGGCAGGCGCUUUCAGAGGAUGGGCGGGGCUCCGGCGGAAGUAGCAGGGGCCGCGGUUGGCGGCUACAGCGACGAAAACCAUGGCAAUGACUGCGCUAGUGCUUUCUCUCUCUCCUCUGGGAGAGAGAGCUGUGCACCCGAUGACGUCGGUGGUGGCGACCAGCCCGCUAGAGACACCGCCGCCGGUACUAGCGGUGGUGCUGGCGCCGUUGCCACCGAAAGCAGUCCUCCUGCGGUCUUCACUCCCGCUACCCCUGGUUCUAAUGUCCGGGCUCAUGUUGUUUUCGCGGACGAGGUUGGUCGCCGAGAGUCGGACGAAGUCCACGCUACAACCCCCGGGCCCGCUGGCGUCGUCACCAAGGAUGCCGCGGCUGUCGACGAUGGUGCUGUGGCCGCUGAGACAUUGGACGGUGGGGAAAGAGUUGAUACGAGUUGCGGAGCCGGCGGUGACGGCAAUGACGACGACGUCGGAGCUGCCGGGGGUGGCGGAGGCGGGCUGGGCGGCGGCACGAACGUCCUCCGGAGGGUGGCCACGCACCUCACCACCGUCGCGAGCUCGCUCGAUCCCCGGAACCUUAUCAACAGUCCCGCACUGCGGCGUCCCUUUUGGGGUGGUGAGGAACAAGGCGGCGGUGAUGUGGACAGGGAUGGGAGCGGGGACACGGAGGAAGUCUCACGGGGUACGAUCGAGCUGCACAUGUUUUCGUUCGGGGCGCCCCGCGUGGGGAACUCUAUUUACGCCGCCCGUUACAACGACGUGGUGCCUCACAGCUUCCGAGUGGUGGUCGACGGUGACCCAGUCCCCGGUGUGCCCAGCUGGUGGUACACACAUGUGGGCACUAAGGUGUUGAUAGACGGUCGAGGAAGGGGAAGCUUGAUCAUUGACCCGAGCUUCGUGGAAAAACGGUUUUUCGUCAGGUCGAAGCGCUACGUGCUGUCCCACCUUACCGAGGCGUACCAGGCCGGCCUAAGGGGCAACCUGUUGCAGGCGGUGCCUCCAAAAUUCCAAGCGAGCAUGCCAGCUCACUGGCCGUUUGGAGUCAAGGUCGAUACUAGCAGCGACUCUUCCUCAGACGACGACGACGACGAAGACGACGGUGAACACAACGGUAGCACCGGUGCAAAGGAAUGGAAGGAAGAGGUGGCGAACGUCGGGAAAGAAGCGGACUCGGGCACGGAUAGCGGGGGUGAGGGAGCCUUACCCUCUUCCUCCAUAUCAGCGAGGCAAGACAGCAUGGCUCAGCAGGCUGUGGACGCUCUCAACGAAGCAGACAGCCUCAAUCGUGUGCAGUCGUUCCGGCUGGUCGCUAGGUCCGUCUCCGGCGCAACGUUGCGACCGGCCGCUCCUGCUCUUGAAACGGGUCCUGGUGCGGGUGGAGGCGAUAGUGGUGGCGGCGGCGGCAGUAACGGCCUUGCGGAAGGGGUGAAACGCUUCCUUCGCCUUGGGGGUAGUACCGAAGACAUGGCAACGAUGGAGCAAGGGGGCGCGGUCGCCCUGGCAGGGGCUGUGCGGUCACCCCCUGCGGCAGCGGGGAUGGAGGGGCAAGCAACAGCGGCAAGGGUGGAAGCCGUGGCGCAACAGGCAGGGAGUGGUGUUCAUUCUGAGGCAAUAUCGCCCACAGAAUAAUGCUUGGUCUCUCGUGUAAAAAAA